AUAUUUUUAACUUGUAUGUGAAUAAAAGGCGACUUAAAUUUAUUUUUAUUUAAUUGCAAGUUGAACAUUUUCAUGCUUAUACAGGGCCACAGUGUUUGCAUGUACAGUUAGAACAGCUUCCACACAGGCAUAGGGAAGGAUUACUAUAGAAUGUUGGCGAACUAUCGCUGUGGAGGGGGAAAACACGUAGAGCUGAGUCUGCGCGACGCAGGGGAUCACUGCCUACGAAGUUUAUCGGGCAAGGCUACACCGACAAAUCCUAGGACGCAUUCGGCCGCACUGUAGUGCAGAACACAAGCAACAUUCAUCACAUGACCAUAAUAAAUCAGAGGGACAACCAUAUUACUCAUCAAGCCAUCUGAUGGAUGAAGUCUAGAAGCCCUGUUUGAUUUGGUUGAUUAGUUUUGAAGAGAAGAGGAAGAAGGAUGUCGGAGUUCAUGCCUUACCCUUACAGAGGGCCGGGAGGUGCUUUGAUGCGCUUCAAGAAAAGAAAGUCACGUUUCACAUUUCAGGAGGUUGAACUGCUGCUCAGUGAGGUACAGAAAAGGCGCCAUAUUCUAGUUGGAAAGUUCAACCGGGGCAUUUCGAAGGAUCUGAAAAACCGCACAUGGGCGGAUGUGACCGCACUUAUCAAUGAGGUCAGUGAGUGUCAUCGAGAAAUUAUUGAAGUCAUUAAGAAAUGGGCAGACCUCAAAUGCGACACCAAGCGGAGGGUGGCCGCCAUGAGGGCAUCGGGAGCCACAGCCGCCCAGAUCGCACAAGAGCUGUCGCCUAUAGAAACUAUGGUGCACCAGAUCCUUCAGAUGUCUAACCCUAACGUAAAUGUGAGCAGUUUGGCAAAUGAUGACCAAAUGGAUGAUGAAGACGAGGACAUUCCAUGUCUCUCUGAGAUACCACAAAGCUUCUCACACAUGACAAAUGGCAGGCCUCAUUCGUUUGGUUUGCCAAUGUCUCCUCUCUUCCACACUAGUAUCCCAGGCAAAAGUGAUACCGAGCUUCCUGCACACAUGAUGUUCAGUGAUUCAUCAUCAGUGCCUCUAAUAGAUGUCCAGACUGACACAUCAGAAAAGGAAGUCAGUAACAUGCAGUUUAUUGAACAGAGAAGCAAACCAAACCAGAAUCCUAUUGGUAUUACUGGAUUCCUCAGUCAUCCUAUUGCUGAGAAGAGCCAUGUUCGAGAAAAACCUAAUCACAACACAACAUUUAACGGCCCCUCAUCUUCCAGUAUCCCAACAUUUGUUGCACCUUCUGCAGUGGCCGCCUCAUCAUCACGUUCCGCUCCUGCUCGGCUCCCUCCCCAACCUGCUCCUGUGGAGCCUCGCAGUCUGCAGGAACAUUUAUCCCAGAGUGCCUCGCUCAGCCUGCAGGAACAGCAGGCCACCACACUGCUGAUAGGGUCGCUGUCUCGCUCACUGGAGUCACUUGCAGAGUCGGUGCAGAGAUUGGUUCACACCCAGCAGCAGUUUUCACGUGACACCUUACAGCUGCAGCGUGAAACACUCCACGUCCUGCGUGAUUUCUCCUCCAACGCCUUGACUCUCCUGCAGGACAAGGUCAACGGACAUCCAUAGCUUUAUCAGCAGCUACAUUUGGAAGCAAGUUACAGAAACGGUGAAUACGGAUAGCAAAGAAAAUACAAUAAGCUUGAGGAUAUAGUGACACUAGAGUUUAUGGCAAUCUCUGAAAAUGUUUUAAGAUUUAUAGAGCUGACAGGACUAAACGUUUUCCCUAUUUAUAACAUAAUAACCAAAAUAAGAUGCAUUAGAAUCUAAAAUGGGUUCCUUGUAGAGUUCCUUGUAUGUACCGAUGACUGGGUCUUAUAAACUGUUGGACCAAUUAUGUGCUGUUUUACAGGUAAUUUAAACGAGCAAAAUAAUUGACUGGUAAUUUAAUAUAAUUAAUUAUAUUUGUGGUGCUUUUUAAUAUAUUGCAAAGUGACCAUUAAAUUGGCUGCUUUUAAUUUAUGUAUUCUUUAUUAUUAUUAGAUUUUUCUUUAUUUAGCUGUGUUAUUCUGAUGGUUCUCUAUAUUUUACUUUUAAAUCGGUUUCUGGCCUGCUGUAUAUGUUUAUGUUCUUUUAGCCAGGUGCAUUAUCUGUUUUAAGUUGUUUCUCUUAACUUGAAUUUCCAAAGACUUUUUUUCUCCAGAUGUGAUUUUAAAUUCUGAUUGAAGGCACAUUAUCUUAGCUGUAGCUCCUAUGGACCUGUGAAAAAAAAGUAUCCUGCUUUAAACCCCAAUGUAAAGGAAGGAAAUAAAAAAAUAUACAUUUAAGUAUUAACUAAAA